AAUGCUUAACAACAAAUGGAAUAGGUCAUCAGAUACGUCAAUGCAGCAAACAGCAGACAGCAGAAGGACCCAUUCUCCAGCUUAAAAAUAGCAUUACAUGGCGGCUUUCAUCAUAAGACACUUCAGGUUCCAUUCUCCAACAUAAACACAAUUUUGUUGUUCCUGUCGUUGACUUUUGUUGGAGUUGCUUUGUUUUUGAGUUGCAGAUUUGAUUGAAAUGGCAGUAGAAUAUGAAGUUGAGCAUCCAAGGAAGGCUUAUGGAUGGGCAGCAAGGGAUGCCUCUGGUGUUCUCUCCCCAUUUUUCUUCUCCAGAAGGAAAACAGGUGUGAAAGAUGUAACGUUCAAGGUUUUGUAUUGUGGAAUAUGUCAUUCUGACCUUCACAAGUUGAAGAAUGAAUGGAGUGAUUCCAUUUAUCCACUUGUUCCUGGACGUGAGAUUGUUGGAGAAGUGACAGAGGUGGGAAGCAAAGUGGAAAAGUUUAAGGUUGGAGACAAGGUGGCCGUGGGAUGCUUGGUUGGGUCUUGUUCCUCAUGCCAAAACUGUGUCAACAAUCUUGAGAAUUACUGCCAGCAAGGGAUUCCCACAUAUGGUGGGAAGUAUGUGGAUGGAAGCAUCACGUAUGGGGGAUUCUCUGACUUCAUGGUUGCAGAUGAACACUUUGUUGUCAACAUUCCAAAUGGCCUACCACUUGAUGCUGCUGCUCCUCUCCUCUGUGCAGGGAUCACAGUGUAUAGUCCUUUGAGAUAUUUUGGCAUUGACAAACCUGGUAUGCACCUGGGAGUGGUUGGCCUUGGUGGAUUGGGUCAUUUGGCUGUCAAGUUUGCAAAGGCCCUUGGCUUGAAGGUCACUGUCAUUAGUACCUCUCCUAAUAAGAAACAAGAAGCCAUUCAACAUCUUGGAGCAGAUUCCUUUGUGCUCAGUACAGACCAAGAUCAAAUGAAGGCUGCAAUGUGCACCUUGGAUGGUAUAAUUGACACUGUUUAUGCAGUUCAUCCUCUCAUGCCCUUAAUUGAUCUGUUGAAGUCUCACGGGAAGUUAGUGACGGUUGGGGUGCCACUAAAGCCUGUGGAGUUGCUACUCCCGUCUUUGGUUUUAGGAAGAAGAAGUGUAGCGGGUAGUUACUUUGGAGGAAUAAAGGAGACACAAGAAAUGAUGGAUUUCGCUGCAGAACACAAUGUUAGACCUGAAAUUGAGAUAAUUCCUAUGGAUUAUGUUAACACAGCAAUGGAGCGUCUACUCAAAGCCGAUGUUAAGUAUCGAUUUGUUAUUGACGUUGGGAACACAUUGAAGUCUUACCCUUCUACUACUUUGGAGUGAUUCACGUUCAAUUAUAAAACACAGAGUGACAACUAUAUUUCAAAUUCCUUGUGUGAUUUGGCACAUAUAUUUUAUUUUCAAUAUAAUUGCGGAACUAAUCAAUUGUUGGACUUUA